CUUCUCGUGGUGGCAAGUCUGAUGACAAGGAGUGGGUACCAGUGACCAAGCUUGGCCGCCUUGUCAAGGACAUGAAGAUAAAGUCCCUAGAGGAAAUUUAUCUCUACUCUCUCCCCAUCAAGGAGUCCAAGAUUAUUGACUUCUUUCUUGGCUCAUCGCUGAAGGAUGAGGUUCUUAAGAUCAUGCCUGUCCAAAAGCAGACCAGAGCCGGGCAGAGAACCAGGUUUAAGGCCUUUGUUGCUAUUGGUGAUUACAGGCAUGUAGGUCUUGGAGUAAAGUGCUCCAAGGAAGUUGCUACAGCCAUUAGGGGAGCCAUCAUUUUGGCCAAAUUGUCCAUUGUGCCAGUCAGACGAGGAUAUUGGGGAAACAAGAUCGGCAAACCACACACCGUCCCUUGCAAAGUGACUGGUUGCUGUGGCUCAGUUCUAGUGCGAUUAAUCCCGGACGAGCCCCCAGUGUUACCUUUCCUGCCUGUCUCCGGACCGUAG